AUGCUUCUGCUGCCAAUCACCCAUCGAUCAUUCUAUCUUCCCUCUGUCUCUCUUUUCCCCACCACCUCCUUCCCUCCAUCCCUUACUCUCGCUGCCGCCCAGCCUGCAGGGCGGCACGAUUCGGCAGCAUUAUCGGUGUGGCAGCGCAUCGGCAUGCAGAAGCAGGCUGUGGUGGAGCCACGGGACUCGGCACUGCUUGCUGAAGCCAGGGAGGACUAUGUGAGGAAGCUAGAGGCGGAGGGGUCAAAGGGCGCUGUGCUGUUUGCCGUGUGCAGGGGCAAGGUGAGCGAGGGAAUUGACUUUGCCGAUCAUCUAUCGCGUGCCGUCGUUAUCACGGGCAUCCCGUACGCUCAGCAGCUCAGCCCGCAGGUGGUGCUGAAGAAAGAAUAUUUGGACGAACGGGUGACGGCCCACCAGCACCACCUGUACCAGCAUCCAGACGCCUUUGCCUCCAAUUCUGCCGCCAUUUCGCCAGUAUCAGGAGCGCAGUGGUACACGCUCGACGCCAUACGAGCCGUGAACCAGGCAGUGGGGCGAGUGAUUCGCCACCGCAACGACUUUGGCUCGAUUAUCCUGCUGGAUGAGAGGUUCGCAGAGCCCAAGUUGAAGGACCGUCUCUCUAUGUGGAUCCGCCCGGCUCUCAAGGUGUACAGUGGGUUCGGCGAGGCGGCCUUCUCUCUCACCAAGUUCUUCCGCAGCCAGCCCAACGGAGCCCACUCCAAGCCCGCCUGCCCAGACCCCAUCGCCCCAAGCCCCUCCCAUUCGCCCACCCACAUGCAUCCUCAUGCCGCUUCUGCUGCGCCCACCACCGGCGCGUGCCCCAUGAGCACCAUGCACGCUGCAGAAGCCGCUGCAGGUGGUCUGUCAAGGGUGGACGUCUAUCCUCCGUUCCCCUCCAGCCGCUCCCUGCUAGACGCAGGUAGGUUGUGCGUGCUUGUGUCACUUUCACAUGCUGUUGCCACCACUCCCACCACCGGCGCGUGCCCCAUGAGCACCAUGCACGCUGCAGAAGCCGCUGCUGCUGCUCUGUCCGGAAUAGACGUCUUUUUUCCGUUCCCCUCCAACCGGUCCCUGCUAGAUGCAGACCCCUUGCUGGUGCCAGCAGCCAAUGAGGUAUCGGCAGCAAGGCGGCAGGGAGCAGCCACAAGGGGGCAAGAGAGCGGUGGUGAUGGGACCGAGGGUGUUGACAGAGAUAGAAAUGGUGCAGGAGGCGUUGACAGGAGGCAGGCUGGUGGAGAGGUGAAGCUUGAGGGUGGCACGGCAGGGAAGAACUCGCGAGUGCCCUCUCUCUUCUCCCCCACCAUUCCCCGCACCCCUGUCGCCUCCGCCUCCUCACUCCUUGCUGCUGCUCGUGCCCAUGUGAACAGACACCAGCCUGCGCCUAUUGCAUAUGUAUCAUCAUCUUCUCUUGAGAAAUCUCAAGCGCAGCAGCAGAAUGCAUGCAAGCAGGAUGACUCAAACACACGACCAGCAGCACCCAUGAGACCACAAGCACGCUGUGCUGAUCACCCACCAGCGACCCAGCACCAACAGCCUUCCCAGCUUCGAGCAGCAUCCCAGCCUUAUUCCACCACUGUACGAAAGUCAACCACGAAAUGCGUCUCCCCUGAUUCCCCCGCCAUUGACUUGACUCAACACUGUGAAUCGCCCGACUCUGCUGCUGCUUCUGCUUUCUGCUCCCCCACUGCGCCCUCUCCUCUCCCGUCUGCUACGAACUGUGUCUCCCCUGCUUCUCCCGUCAUUGACCUGACUCAAGACUACGCACCAGCCGACCCUGCUGCUGCUCCACCUUGCUCCUUCACCCCUGUGCUCUCUGCUUCCCCAUUGCCGUCUGCUUCUCCUGGCCCCCAUUCGCCUGGAGCGCAUAUAAAGAGGCGAGGGGUGGAGGGGGGAAGGGGGAAGAGGAGGCGAGCUGAGGCAGGAGGGCGGGAUGGGCGUGUGGAGGGUAGAGGUGGAGUGGGAAGGGGAGGAGCAGGGAGGGCGAAGGGUGAAGGUGCAAGGAGGCUGGUGGACGGUGGAGAUGCAGAGAUGAGGAUGAACGGUGGAGAUGCAGAGAUGAGGAUGAACGGUGGAGAUGCAGAGAUGAGGAUGAAGGUUGGAGAUGCAGAGAUGAGGAUGAACGGUGGAGAUGCAGAGAUGAGCAUCGGAGAUGCUGAGAUGGGGAUAGGGGGUGCAGAUCCAAUAAGGAGGGGGAUGGGCAGCAGCAAUGGAAGAGAACGGAACGAGUAUUGUGAUGGUGACCUUGGCAUUGGAAUAGCAGGUGCGGGAGAAGCAGGAGAAGCAGGAGAAGCAGGAGAAGCAGAAGAAGCAGGGGAACGGGCAGUAGAGGGCAAUGAGGAGGAAUGCCUGAGAGAGCCCUCUGGUCGUGGCACUGGUGGUCUACCACCUCGGAUUGGGCCUGAAGCUGCAGCAGUGGAAUUGCAGCGUUCCGGUCCUGAAGCUGCAGCGAUGGAACUGCAGCGGGACAGUAGAGGAAUCUCUAGGAGCGCAGACUCUUCAGCAUGCGCGAGGGAUGAAAGCCAAGUAGCAGUAGCGUCCCUUGGAAGCACAGGAGCAGCAAGUUGCCAGGAGAGUACUACCUCUAGGGAAGUGGGUGGUGCAGUGAGCAUUACCACCAGGGAAGUGGAUGGUGCAGGCAGCAGAGGAGCAGCAGGUUUGCAAGGGAGUGGUGCAGGGAGUCUUGCAACCAGGGAAGGGAACGGUGUUAAAAAAAGCCUCGCCAGGAAGGAGGAGGAGAGCAGGCGGGCACGCGAGUACCUCAGUGUGGUGCAAACCUCCCUGCCCCCGCCCGACUUCCAAACCUUCCUCCGCCUGCUCCGGGAGUUCCGAAAAAGCCGAGCGCAGGUUCGGCAGCCCCCAAACCAGCAGCAGCAGCAGCCCGUGUUUUCCCCUUCUUCUCAGCCAGCAGCAGUGGUUCCAGUGGGCGUUGGAGCGGUGAUGAGUGGUGGUGCAGUGUUGGCCACUCGCACUGACCUGCUGCAUUCACUGGCGUCACUUUUUGCGGCCUCCAACCAGCUGCCGCUGCUCGCAGGGUAA